AAUCGCAAGCUUGUCCCGUUAUCAAGGUAGGCGAAUAUUUGGUAUUCCGUCGGAAAUGCAAAUUUCGUUUGUUUGCGUGACAGUUCCGGGUGACACAAAAUGGCGCUAGAGCUACUUAAAGCUUACGGAAGCGAGUCUAGUUCGGAGGAGGAACUCGAAGGAGUUCAAGAAGAAUCACCGAUCCUGCUAUGUGCAACAGCCACUUCGACAGACUCCGAUGAAAUUGUCUCAAACGAGCCAGCGUUGAAGAAGUGCAAGUUGACUAAAAAGGAAAUGAAGCGGAUAUCUGUAGCCAACAGACGGCGCAACGCUCAUCGCGCCAAGUUGACCACGUGCCAAUGCCACCGGAACUGCAAUGAUCUUCUUUCACGCGACGAUGUCAUAGCCGUUAACCGCGCGUUUUGGGACCUUGACUUGCAUGGUCAGAAGAGCUGGAUUCGGCAGCAGGUAACACGACGUGAGGGCUCACGAUAUUCCACAAAUCGGUUCUUGUUCCGCCUUCCGGCACCUGAAGGAUCGCAAGUGGAAGUUUGCCGCAAAAAGUUCAUGAACGCGAUAGGAUACGGCGAGGAUUGCGGAAACAUCGUUUAUCGGUGCUUCGUGGAAGGAGAGGACGGGUUACCGGUGCCAUCACGACGUGGUAAAUACAAACGGGACAAGUCGAAAAGUGACGGAAUCGAAUACGUGUUGGGCAUCUAAGCCAUCUUUGUGAUAUUGUCACUAAAAGAGAUGCUACGAGAUUUGGAAGAGGUCCUAAUAAAUAUUGGAGUAAAUAAAUGUACUAUGAAAUA